UUUCUCAUCACAUCAAUCACCACACAAUAUCAGCAAUAUGGGAAUACGUUCUCUUCUUCCUCUUGCCCUUUGCUUUGUUCUCCUCUUUAAUGGUUGCUUUGCUCAAAUAGAGCAACAGCAACGAUUCUUUUGGCAGAAACUUCAGCAACAGCAACAACACCGCCGUGGCCGAGCUAGAACUGAGUGUCGGAUCCAGAGCCUUAGUGCUCGGGAGCCGACUUAUAAAUUCGACUCAGAGGCUGGAACCACUGAGUUUUGGGACCGUAACAAUGAGGAAUUUGAAUGUGCUGGAGUUGCUGCUGUUAGAAAUGUUAUUCAACCUCAGGGCUUGCUCUUGCCUCAUUACAAUAAUGCUCCUCAACUCCUCUACAUUGUCCAAGGGAGCGGACUUUUGGGUACUGUAAUACCUGGAUGUGCUGAAACAUAUGAAUCACCACAAAGAGAGAGAAGUAUGAGGGGAGAAGAAAGCAGAGAAGGAGAAAGCCAGUUCAGAACUGGUGGUGAUCAACAUCAGAAAGUCAGGCAAUUUAGACAAGGUGAUGUAUUAGCAUUGCCAGCUGGUGUUACUCUUUGGUUUUACAACAAUGGUCAACAACGUCUUGUUACUGUAGCUUUGCUUGAUACCAGCAACCCUGCUAAUCAGCUUGAUCUCCAAUUCAGGCAUUUCUUCCUAGCUGGAAACCCAAAUCCCAGAGGACAAAGUGGAAGCAGGUACGAAGAAGAAAUCCGAGGUAGAAGAGAACAAGAACAAGGUGAACAACAACAACAACGUUGUCAAACCGGCAACCUUUUCGACGGCUUCGACCAAAAUCUGCUCGCCGAUGUUUUCAACGUGGACCCUGAAUUGGUCAGAAAUUUACAGGGCCGAGAAGAUCAAAGGGGCCGAAUUAUUCGGGUCGAGAGGUUCGAUGUUUUAAGCCCAGAAUUUGAAGAAAGGGAAGAACAGAGGCCCAGCAGAGAACGUGAGGGAAGAAGAGGAUCACAGCCCAAUGGGCUUGAGGAAACUAUUUGUACCAUGAGGCUUAGAGAGAACUUGGGCCGCCCAUCUCGUGCUGACGUGUACAAUCCACGUGGCGGACGUAUUAGCACCCUCAAUAGCCAUAACCUUCCAAUUCUCAACUGGCUUCAGCUCAGUGCUGAAAGAGGAGUCCUUUACCAGAACGCAAUAAUGGCACCAUACUGGAACAUGAACGCACACAGCAUCCUCUACAUUCUCCGAGGAAGCGGCCGGAUUCAGGUAGUCGGCGACACCGGAAACUCCGUAUUCAACGACGAGGUCCGAGAAGGCCAAAUGCUCAUAGUACCACAAAACUUUGCAGUAGUAAAAAGAGCAGGAAACCAAGGACUAGACUACAUUGCAUUCAAAACCAACGAUCAAGCCAUGACCAGCCCACUCGCCGGCAGAUUAUCGGCGAUCCGAGCAAUGCCAGAGGAAGUUCUAAUGAAUUCUUACCAGAUUUCAAGACAAGAAGCAAGAAGUUUAAAGUAUAAUAGAGAAGAAGCAACUGUUUUUGCUGGUAGAAGGUCAGGUGGAUAUUCAACUAGGGCAUUUAACUAUGCUUUAACUGCUGUUGAAGCUCUUUUAAAAGCUUAAGUUUCUGUCUUUCUAAUGCUGUUGAGGCUUUUGUGUAAUGCUUAAGUUUAAAUAGCUAAUAAAAUGUAAAGUUAUGAGAACAAUGAGUUGAGUGGUGGCUCUUAAUAAACUGCAUUAUAUGCGAAAAGCAUGUGAUGUUUGUUUCGAGUUAA